ACAAACGAUAAAACCGGAAGAAGAAAAACACAAAUGAAAACGACAGAAUGGAGGAGGAUUCAUUCUCGUAAAAUUCAAUUUCUAAUUGACAUUGACAAGCCUAUACGACGCCGUUCGGAGUGAGAACAGAACACAGAGAAACCCAUCAUCAUCGGAAGGUCACUCAUUCAUUCCCCCAAAACCCAAAACGAUGUCGUUUUCUCACCACCGUCGAUCUCAAUCGGAGAUGCAUUUCCGGAUCAGCGACGACUUCGACCUCGAGGUCGAUCUCUCUCCGUCGCAUCAUUUCCAAGAUCCGGCCCCGCUCCUCCAAGAUUCCGGAUCCAUACCCCAAUCUCCGCAACCCGAAACCGCCCGCUCCGCUCACCAGAGAAGCAACUCCGCCGACGCCUCUUCCUCCUCGUUGGUCGACGGCAUUGAGGCCAAGAAGGCCUUGUCCCCUGAUAAGCUCGCUGAAUUGUGGACCGCUGAUCCCAAACGAGCCAAGAGGAUUCUGGCUAACCGCCAAUCCGCGGCUCGCUCCAAAGAGAGGAAAGCCUGUUACGUGUUGCAGCUUGAGAGAAAAUUUCAAUCUCUUCAAACCGAAGCAACCGCUCUUUGUGCCCGAUUAAGUCUUUUUCAGAGAGAUACAACUGGUCUGACUACUGAAAAUACAGAGUUGAAGCUUAGGUUACAAGCCAUGGAACAACAAGCUAACUUAUGUGAUGCUCUAAAUGAAGCACUGAAGAAAGAAGUUGAUGGGCUCAAGAUUGCAACUGGCGAGAUAGUAAUGCAUAAUGCCCAUGGUUUGGGAAUGCAUCCACUUACAUAUUCUCAGGCUCCAUUCUUCUCACAUCAGUCACAACAUGGGCAGAGUGAACUUCAGGCCAUGCAAAUGCCACAGUUGCAUUCACUCUCAUCUAAUGUGCCUACUUCCGAUGAGCCUCUGUUUGAUCUAGACAUUCCGUAUGAUUUGUCAGAAAUGUUGUCAAGUGAAUCUAUCGGCCAAUUUCAGGGGCUGGACAUAGGCGACGGGGUUUUGCAUAAUCUGAUGCCUGAUUGUCCCUCCAUUUCUGUUAAUAAUAUUAACAAUGCCUUUUGAUGCAAAUUAGACUGACCAACAUGUGACCAGCCUUUUUAUUGGAGUGUUCAUAGACUGACAUGAGUGAGACCUAAAGGUAUUGAUUUUUUGUUUUCUAUUGGCACAAAUUAAUUUAUGUAGAUAAAAAUGUGAGAGGUUCUUUCAAGUUAUAUAAUCCAUUCUGGUCCAUUUUUUACAUUACUGGGAGAAUUUGUACUUAAUUGCACCUUCCACGCACACAACUUUUUUACUUCUUGUGUGUACACUUCUUGCACUUAAGACAAACUAGCAGGUGUUUCUGACAGUUCUCGUUUUCUACCAUGUUGCACAAAUAAUCAUUUGUUAUCAAUUUUAAUUGCAACUAUUCAUACAUAUGGACAUGUUGUGCCAUGGAUGGACCAUCAUAUUUAUAUUUUUGUGGAAACAGAAGUUAGACA